UUUGUUAUGAAAAAUAAAUAUAAUUCAUUUCUUAAAAUGUCUGUACAGGAGGGAAUUGUAAAGAAUGAACAAAAUGCAAAACAAGCAUUAUGUUUGACAAGUAUGCGAAAUCGCGUUAGAAGUUACAUUGAAAAGCAUCAUUAUGACUCUGCUAACUUUUGGGCGGAUAAACUAGUGGCUCUUUCUGAUGCUGUUGAAGAUGUGUUCUGGUAUGCUCAGACCAUGUAUUACACUGGUCAGUUUCAUAGAGCUAUUCACUUACUGACCAGUAAAAAGCUUGAUAAGACAUAUACCACCUGCCGAUAUUUAACAGCUAAAUGUCAUUAUGAAUGCAAAGAGUACCAAGAGGCUUUGGAUGUUCUGGACAUGCUGGACAUGUCUUUCUCACGCUCCCAGUCCAUGUUGAAUACCAGUUUAAAUGAGUCUAUGCAACAGACAGAGAACAAUUUCUCCAUACCCAAUUGUGAAAACUCAAUCUGCUUAUUGCGGGGAAGAAUUUAUGAAGCUAUGGAUAAUCGAAUAUUGGCUGCAGAUUGUUACAGAGAGGCCCUUCGGCUUGAUGUUUAUUGUUUUGAAGCUUUUGAUUUGUUGGUCAAUCAUCACAUGCUUACAGCACAAGAAGAACGUGAUCUCUUACAGUCACUGCCAUUCUCAGAACAGUGUCCACCGGAGGAAGCAGAGUUGGUGAAAAGUCUUUAUGAGAGUAGGUUGAAAAAGUAUGACUGUCCUGGAAAAACUACCUUGUUGCCAUCAUUAGUUCCCCUUUCUAACAGCUUGGAUCUAGUAGUCAGCACAGCAGAGCAACACUUGUACAACUGUGAUUUCAGAGCAGCUUAUAAAAUUACUUCCAAAGUAUUAAGCAAAGACCCAUACAACAGUCAGUGUUUGCCUAUUCAUAUAGCAGUCCUUGUUGAACUCAAAAAUUCAAAUGCUUUGUUUUACUUGGCACACAAGCUUGUAGACUAUUAUCCUGAUAAGUCUAUUUCUUGGUUUGCUAUUGGCUGCUACUACAUGUUAACAGAAAAUUUCAUACCAGCUCGAUGGUAUCUAAGCAAGGCCACAACCAUCGAGAGAGCUCAUGGCCCAUCUUGGUUGGCCUUUGGCCACACAUUUGGUGUUAAUAAAGAUCAUGAUCAAGCCAUGGCUGCAUAUUUCACAGCCUCACAGAUAAUGAAAGGCUGUCAUUUACCUAUGCUGUACAUUGGCUUAGAAUAUGGGCUGACAAAUAAUCCAAAACUUGCUGAAAGGUUUUUUAAACAAGCCCACAGCAUAGCUCCCCUGGAUCCCUUUGUUCUACAUGAGAUGGGAGUUCUGGAGUUUGGUAACUUAAAGUAUGAAGAAGCGGAGAAAUAUUUUUUAGAAGCUCUCAACAGGAUACGUAGUGUAUCAGGGGAAAUGUUGCCUGAUCGAUGGGAGCCACUUCUCAAUAAUCUGGGUCAUGUCAGUCGCAAGUUAGGAAAAUAUGAAGAGGCCCUUUGUUAUCAUAGUCAAGCUGAUGCCCUUUGUCCUCACAUGGCAUCAACAUAUUCGGCCAUAGGUUAUGUUCAUGCAUUAAUGGGAAAUCAUUCUGAAGCUGUCAACUAUUUCCACAAGGCUCUAGGUCUCCGUAAAGAUGACACAUUCUCUACCACAAUGUUGGCCCACUCCGUAGAGUCCUUAAUGUCAGAGGUCGCUGUGUGCAAUGGUCCGGAAGGUGACCCACAUUUUAAAAUUCCUCCUCAAGGUCAGCUAGUUGGUGUCAAAUUAACCAAUCUCUUCGAAACUUCGCAGAAAGAAAAAAGUAUUGACGGAAGCAAAACUGAUUUGGAUGUUUCCGACAAUGAUCCCUUUGCUGAAAGUAGUUUGUCAAUAGAGGAAGUAGACAUGGAAGAAUGUUCCACAUCAUAGCAUCUACAUUGUGUCGAAAGAACUGAAUGAAAGUUGUCCCUGUGUCUCUUUGAAAAAGCAUGAUAAACAUUGUAAAUAAAAAAGUUAUUUUAUCUUAUGAUUUUAUUUUGUACUGUGAGUUGACCAUUGCUGCAUCAACUUCAAGCAUUCACAAUAUAUUUGUGAUAUUUAAGGGUUGAAAAUGAGAUCCUACGCCUAGCGUCCUCUUUAAAUCAGUCAAACUCAACACUCUUAGAUUUAAAUUCAUUGGACAAAUAAGAUGAUUGAACAGUUGUAGAUUUCUAGGUGACUGAGGAUUAGAUAACGCCCCACUCAUUUUUGGCUGUCCAUAGAUAGUUAAAAUUUUUAUUUGAAGAAUCUAUAUAAACAAGAUUCUUGGUUACAAUUAUUUCAAUCAACCAUCUGAGUGACUAGAGUGUAACCACACUGUGACACAGAAUAAAAUGAACAUUAUACACAGAGGGGUAGCUAAAAUAGAAAACAAACUCUACUUCCUGAACUAAGCACUUCAAUGUGGUUUUUAUACUAUUAAAAUUGUGUUUCUCAACAUUCUAUAACUAUGUAAAUAUUCAAAGUGCAAUGGUUUGCAAGUUUUAUGUCAAUAUAAAAUUGUUCUUGCUUUUACAUUUAAGUCACAUAUUAGGAAUAGAUGAACUCAAGCCAAUGAUUCUAGAAUGUAUAUUUAUGUGUACUAAUAAACUUUAC